AUGAAUUCAUCUAGCCUUCUUUUAACGGAUCAGUCUGAUAAAAAUAGCAAAAGUGGGUUAGAAUCAAAUAACUCAAAUGAUACUACAAACAAUUAAAAAAAAACAUAAUCAACAAAAUUUUUGAAGAAAAGAAUUCAAAAAGAUGAAAAAAAGUAGUAAAACUAGGAAAAUAGAGUGUUAUUAGCAAAAGAUAUAAAAACAAAAGGCAUUUAACUUUUUAUAAACAUUGAAUUCAACAGAACAUUCCCUAUGGAUGGAGAUUACUUUGUUAAUUUAGAUUAUAAAAAGUAAAUUAAUAUAGAAGAAUAAAUAAGAAUAUUUAGAGGAAUAAAACAAGUUUUAUUCUCACUAAAAGAUGACAAAAGAUAAUUAGUAAUAUUAGAUUUAUAGACAUCUGAUAAUAUGCCAUUCAUUCCAUAGAGUAAUAUACAUAUAGCUAUCUAAAAAACUCAGGAUCCAAUUCUUCUAUAUUUUUCAAAAUUAAUUUAAGAAAAUAAUAUAUAAAUGGAGAUAUAAAAAACCCUUAUUCAGAGAUUUAGAAUAUAACAAAACUGUCUGGAGAAUCUCUAAGAAAUGAGAAGGAAAUUUUUUGAUUUUAAAAUGCAAUAAUUUAUAUAGGAAAACUUUACUGAGUCUGAUUUCUAUUUAUAUUAUAAAUACCAAUAUCGUAAAUUAGACGAUACCUCAUAAUAAUAUACUCAAGUAGGAGUUUCUUAUCCUCUAAUCGCUUUAAUUGGUACUGAUCCCUCUUCAUUUAUUAAUAUCUGUAUGAGGAAUGGAUUUUUAGAAUUUUCAUCAAAUUAUUUUAAAUAAAUAAUGAUUAUUAAUUCAAUGGAAUGUAGGCUUAUGUUACAUGAAAAACAAGGUUCUGUGCAUUCUAGAAUGGAAGAAGUCGUUUUGCUGACUUUAGAUGAAUAUGAAAUUCAUACAAAGAUGAUUGUAACCUGCAUGAAAUUAGAAUUUCCACCUGAACUUUAAAUAGAAGUUGAUGGUUGCUAAUUAUAUAAUGAAUUUCCAGUUUUUAUAUAAUACUUAAUUGAUGAAAAUGCCUUAUAAACUCUAAUUUCAAAGAGAUCAAAAAACCCUUAAUUUUAGCAACAAUGGGAAAAUGAAUAAUUUGGAUAUACUUUAGAGAGUUAAAUAUUUUUAGAAAAAUACUAUAAAGAUUUUUUAAAAGAAACAAAAGAGUCCAAAUAUGAACAUCAAUUAAAAUAUUAUUAUAAUAAGGAAUGCCGUUUUAAAUAAAUCAAUAUUUGUAAUAAUCAUCCUCAAGACUCUUUUGAAAACUAUUUAAAACUAUUUUCAUAAUGA